UCUGUCAGCAGCGGUGUGCGUUUGGCAACAAAAGAGUGUUUUUGGAGGAGUUAGCGACGUUUUCUCGACGACAGUAUUAUUGUUGUGGGACUUUAUCACAGCCUCCGUUUCAGGCAGUAGUUGGGAGCGAUGACACCGCCGCUGUCGCUGUCCGUUGGAGGAAGAGGAAGAGGAAGGAGGUGAUGAUGAUUACAUGCAGUUAGCUGGCUGCCUGGCUGGCUGACGGACCGACGCACCAGAGCCCACUUUUGUGUGUGGUGUCUCCCACUACAGCCGGGGCAGGAUCCGGGACGAAGAGAGGCGAAGAUGCCGCGGAGAAAACAGUCCAACCCCCAGCCGGUGAAAUUGGAGUCGGAGGACGGGGAGGUGGUGUGUGAGCCGGGCUGCCUGGUUUUGGAGAGCGACUUCCUGCUGAGCGGGGAGCUGGAGUUUGGAGACUCUGAGAUCAUGGGGCUGGAUAGAGAGGCCGGUAUGACGGUCUUCUCUCUGAGCGUGGAGGACGACCCCUCGGCUCCAACAGACUCCACUUUCCCAGCGUUCCUCUCCUGUAAAGGGUGUGGUCAGCUGUUGGGAGACACGCCUCUGGGGGCGGGCUUAGAUCUCGGUGUGGGUCUGGACCUGGGGGCGGAGCUUUAUUGUCUAACCUGUGAGGAGGGCCUCCAGCAUGCAGCCUCCAUCGACUCCCCUCAGGUGGAGGAGUCGAACCUGUCGGACAGAUCCAUCAGCAGCGGCUCCGACAGGAAGAGGAGGAGCGCGGGUAAGACGGGCGCUGCUGACGACGUCCCCGCUAAACUGUUCUCCUGCUCGCUGUGCGCCUUCACCUCGCGUUACUCCAACCACCUCAAACGCCACAUGAGGAUCCACGACGGCCAGAAGCCGUACCACUGCCCCGUCUGCCCCUACGCCUCGGCGCAGCUCGUCAACCUGCAGCGCCACGCCCGCACGCACACCGGAGAGAAGCCGUACCGCUGCCCCCAGUGCAGCUACGCCUGCAGCUCCCUGGGAAACCUGCGGAGGCACCAGCGCAUGCACACGCAGGAGAGACCGCAGAGGAGGGAGAAGGAGAAAAGACGAGGGAGGCGGAAAAAAACAAGCGCUGGGACUGAAGACGUCGUGUCAGACCUCACCCUGCGGGUGUCCCAGGACUCGGGCUACCUCCAGACGCUGGGGGGCCUCGGCUCUCCCUCCGCCCCGCUCCCCGUCCUCCUCUUCCCCCUGUGCUGCCGGGUGUGUGGCCUCACCCUGGAGGAGGCCGACCUGGAGGGCGACAAGGCCGAGGGGGAGGGGGAGGGGGAGGGGGAGGGUGACGGAGGACAGGUGUGUCGUCGCUGCUCAUUGGACCUGCUGUCUAAAGAUGGAUCCGGACCUCCCUGCAGCCCGGCCGUGUCUCGGGGAUCCCGCCGGGGUCAGCGAAGCACCAAGCUGUACCGCUGCCCUCACUGCCCCUUCCUGUCGCACUACCCCAACCACCUGGCCCGCCACGCGCACACCCACUCUGAGGAGAAACCUCACCGCUGCCCCCACUGCGCCUACACCUCCUCGCACCUCGACAACCUCAAGCGCCACAUGCGCGUGCACACGGGCGAGAAGCCCUACCAGUGCCCGUCGUGCAGCUACGCCUGCGGGAACCUGGCCAACCUGCGGCGUCACGAGCGCAUCCACUCGGGCGCCAAGCCGUUCCACUGCGGCGUCUGCGGCUACUCCUGCAACCAGAGCAUGAACCUGAAGAGGCACAUGCUGCGGCACACGGGUGAGAAGCCGUACGCCUGCGCCGAGUGCAGCUACACCACGGGCCACUGGGACAACUACAAACGCCACCAGAGGAAGCACGGGCACAACACGGACAGCUGGGACAAACACACGCCCCUCAAUGGCCUCAGCUGGGGCAAAGACACUCAGGAGAGCCAGAGUCAGGGAGAGGAACACAGUUAGAGAGAGAGAGAGAGAGAGUGUGUGUGUGUGUGUGUGUGUGUGUGUGUGUGUGUGUGUGUGUGUGUGUGUGAGUGAGUGUGUGUGAGAGAGAGUGUUUAUACACUGGUGAACCUCCAGCUCAGGUUGGAGCUAAACUCAGGUGCCUUUGACAGACUGAACGACUGUAACGCUGCACUGACUUUAUAAUGGGGCAUUAAUGUGUGUGUGUGUGUGUGUGUGUGUGUGUGUGAUGCUUGCACACACACUCGCAUCACACUGACUUUAAAUCAGUGACAUCAUCAGGUUUCUCUCUUCUCCUCGGUAACAGAAUCGUGGUCUGAAUCUGAUGAAGUGAAAUGUUUAUUUUUCCUCUACAGAGAAUCUAUAUUUUGCUAAUGUGGUGGAUUUGUGGGUUUUUCAUACGAGCACGGUGGAUCAUCAUCUCACAGGCUUUAAGUGGAUUUAAUUCAGAGGUCUGGGGGUUUGUUUUCUUUUUGUUUUGUUUUUUAAAUCCUGGAUUCUACAAAAAGCAAAACGCAGUCAAACAGCCACAUGUGGAAAAAGGACGUGCACUGGAUCCCUGCUGUUGAUCUCAAUUAGACAAAUACGGCUUAACUCUAAGACAUGCUGAUGCUGUCAAUGAGGAGGAAUUUCACACUGUUACUUCCUGUUUUGGCUCAAAAACCAUCCAGAAUCUUUCAGAUCUAUUUCCUGGAAUAUCCUGGAAUUCAAAUACCUUCAGGUUUUGAUUAUUUUUCUCACUGUUUCAGACGAUAUUGUCGCUUCUUUCAGCACAGAUUUAGUGAAACUCGGUUUGAUUUCAGUCAUGAAAGAAGUUUUAUUUUAUUAAAUCAUGAAAUUUAACUCCAAACAUUGAGAGAUCUGGUGUUUAUUUCUGUAAUUCUGUGAUGAACUUUGGACUCGAGUUUCAGUUGUUGACAGAAACUUUUCCCGCCUCUGUAGAUGAUGUGAAACCUGUUCUUCUAGGGCGAGAAUCCCAAAGGUGUGUUUCUUCAGGCAUUAGUACUCCUGUGUUUAAUAAGCUAUAGAAUCAAGUAGCAGUCAAUCAAGUCCAGGCUCAGAAAGCAGCUCUGAAAACUGUGAAUUUAUCAGAAAUAGAGUCUCCAGUAGAAAUGGAAUAAACAAAGCUGGCUGGUGGAUGCUGAACGUUUAACAGCCAGACUUUUGACAGAUGAGCUGGGUUUUCUUUUUUGGCUUUUAUCACUGCUGGUUGUCAACGAGCCGUCGCUCUCUGAGAACGGAUGAAUUUUCUGCACUUUUGUGAUACUUUUCAGAAAAGGCUCCAGGGAUUGUCUCGUCAUACAGAUCCAACAAUUUGACCUUUUUUUGCUUCAGAGGUUGGAAAUGUUGAACUGCUCCUUUGAUCUUCAUGCUGAUGUAUUUUUGUGAUAAUCCAGUGGGUUUUUAAAGGGAUUUACCAGCAAUGAUGUGUUACAUUUUAAACAAGAGCAAUUCUGAUAUGGUAUUUAGAAAUCAAUAUUUUUAAUAUCUUUUAACAGAAUAAAAGUGUCAAAAGAAAUGACCUUUCAAUAGGAAUAUCUGGUUUGCUUCCCGACUUCUGUACAGAGCUGCAACUAACAAUUACUUUCACCGUUAGUUUGAGAUUAGUUUGUUCAUGAUGUCAUCUAUAAAAUCACUGAAAAUGAUGAAAAUGGCCGUCACCAAUGUCUUGUUCUUUUCUGACCAGUGAUGGGGAAAAACAUGCCAAAAUUUUCUGUCACAUGACACAGAGAAAAGCAGGAAAUCCCCACAGUUAAGAGAUGACAAAAUAGUUGAAUUUCUGUCUGACUGUUUCUUCUCUUUAACCUCAUUAAGUGAAAAACAAAUUAACUAAUUAAUAUUUAGUUUUGGGAAAUAAAUCAACAAAACAAAUUCCAACUGAAGCUUCAUUUACAGUUUUUUUUCUCAUCUGAUCUGUAGCAACUUGUGAAGAAGACCAUGUGAGUGAAAGCUACAAAAUAAGCCAGUAUGUGGACCUUGAGUUGGGAUUGUUUUAACAGAUAUUGUCUUUUCUAAAACUUGGCUUUAACUUUUCAAAAAUGCUUUUUUCAUGUUUUGAAAGUUUGAGACUCUUUUUUAUUUUAAAUUCUAGAAAUCGAUAUUUUUCUUUCCUCUUUUAAGAAGCAUUUGAACUCAACACAGUUCGUGAUGGAGCUUUUAGAAAACCCUCCGCUGAGUGUGGAGGAAAGUUUUCAGAAGGUAAAUUACAUUAAAAUGUCAAAAAAAAAAACACAGCUUCCACAUUUACCAGAAUACGUUUUGGAUGUGUCGUAUGAGUUUGGUGAAAAGUAACACAAAUGAGUGCCGUGUCUCACCAAGGCAGCAGUAUUGUAAGUUUUAUCUCAUGGACUACAAGUCAUAAUCAUGGUUGCCAGGCGCGUGGACGUUGAUGGACGCCUGCAGUGUCGAAGUGAUUUGUAGUAACUGGGAUAAAACGUUGAAAACCACUGGAAUGAUGUUGUUGAGAGCUGACGCUGCCUCCUCUCGCUGUUGUUCACGGUGCCUUCAUACCUCCAAUAAA